CAGAGUGGAGGCUGAUUUCUUCUUUCCUUUCCGAAGGGGCGAGGAUUCAGCAUCUCUAAUUUCCCAGGAGAGAGAGAGAGAGAAACACGUAUCGGUGGAGGAAAGCGCGCACUCUUCCGCUCUGGAGCAUUUGGAUACCGCUGCUCGUCGUGCAUCGAGGUCCCUUCAGGAGUUGGACCAGCAACCGAAGGGAGAGGUCCAAAGCGCAACAAAAAAAAAAAGGCACAAGGACGCACGGGAGGACAGAGGAGAGAGGAGAGGUGACCCGGCCGAGGCGACAUGUUUGGCAUGAUCAAGAACUCGCUCUUCGGAAACACCGAGGAGACGGAAUACAAGCUGCUCAGCACCGAGACCAAGGACGGAGUGAGCUUUGAGGUGCGGCGAUAUGAUGCCGCCAAAUACGCCGUUGUCUCCUCCGAGGGACGAAGCUUCGACCAAGCAACGGGGGAGCUGGUGAGGAAGCUGCUCAUGUACAUCGGUGGGAGCAACGAACAAGGUGAGGCCAUGGGCACAGCCGCUCCCCUCAUCAUCACGGUGUACCCGCGGAACGACGGCGUUCUGUCUCGCCGGUUGGUGGUCGGCAUCCGUGUCCCCACCACGUACCAGCAGAGCCCCCCGACUCCCAGUGACAGUGCCAUCAGGAUCGAGGAGCGGCCCGGCAUGACGGUCUACACUCUUCAGUUCGGAGGCUUCGCCGCGGAGAGCGAGUACCGAGCGGAGGCCUUGCGUCUGACGCGCACCCUGGGUGAGACCGCCCCCUUCCAGCGCAAGCAGUACUUCUGCUGUAGCUUCGACCCGCCGCUCAAGCCUUACGGACGCCGCAAUGAGGUGUGGUUUCUACAGGAGGAGCCGUAGGAGGCGCUGGAUCGCAGUCGAGUCCUCAUUCCCAACCGUCACCUCCCUUUUACUCCUGUAGCUCUAACAGUAUUUGAUUGGUCAGAGCAAUAUGGCGACUUUGUUGACCUCUGCACACACGUGGACACACAGAUUACCCAUGUUGCCUUUACCCACAUUAAUCUUCUUGCUUGUCACAUAUACUUAAUAGCUGCCUCACUGAGGUUAAGUGUUGAAGCAACGGGAGGAUUUAGAACAUCAGCGCAGCAUCCUCUCAUUUCAUUUUCGCUUUUUCUCUAUUUUAUUUUGUAACUUAAACUCGGAAACACAACAUGUGAUAACAGUGACUAAAGGCUUCUAGACAAGCGUAGAGUUCAGAAGUGAUGGAACUUAUUGGAAUCACAUGUAUUUCAUGCAGAAAACUCUCUGAAAACAGGAUUUUGAGUUUAGUUCUCUGAGCCGAGAGAAAAUAGAUCUUACAGACUUUAGUGAAACUGGUAUGUUCCUGCCACAGGCUCACAGGUGUGGAUCAGGAAGUAGCUCAGUGAAUAAUUAGUAUUUAAAAACAACUGAAGAGAUUUGAGAAUGAAAUGUUCGUCCCGACGAGUACAUAAAGUCCCUGUAGACCCCCCCCCCCUGAACAACUUCAGUGAUACUAUAAAUAUGGAUCUAUGAGACCAGCAGUAAUGGUGCCAACCUUCUGCCCAGAGUCAAUGUGUGAAGGUGGCUCUUCCUCUUGCCUGAAUCACCACAUUCUGAGGGACGAGCGACGGGAACAUUGUUUGGUCUCAUGGACCCAAAAUUAAAUCCGUAACCUGUAAUCUAUUCCCCCUCAAUCAGAUUAUUAUAUCAUCCUUGCCUUAUCUAAACAAAUAAGUUAACAUCCCCCUCAAAAGAUUACACUUUAAUUACAAACAUCAUCAUUUAUUCACUAGAUUUAAUUAUGUGCAAAACAAAUCCAAGACUCCCACUCACUGUGCCUGAAUGCACGAGGAAAGGUCACCACCCUCCCACUCACUGAGAACAGCCAGCUCCCUGUGGACGGCACAAAUACAUUUCAGAUUUCCUUCCACUUUACCUGACAUUGAAAAAGAACGGUGACGGGCAUGUUCAAGCCUCCCAACGUCAGUCACUAUGACUGACAGAGGGGGACAUGGGUCACGUAGUCUCUGCACAUCUGUAAUGUAGUUUACAGUCAGAAGUAACAUCAGAUCCAUGGUAGUAAAAAGCACACGUCCUUUUCCUGAGUGAGGAACUGGAAGAAACAGGAACUGAGCCAUGACGUAGAACUAGUCUUUAUGAAUUGUUGUGUGGAAAGAUGCGAGGGGAAAUUAACUAGUUAGCCGAUAGUGUCGUUACAGACUUUGUGGUUAUGUGUUGGUCGAGAAAGAAUUUGUGUGUAGUGACUAUUUUGUGUAACACCUUUAUUUAUUCAGACUCUUGAGACUGUGUUACGUGAUACAUCUGUACAUUGUGAUUUUAAUGUGAUAAGAGUGAAUAUAAUGUUCAGGUUUGGUAGUUUCAUAACAUAAUAAAGAUGUUAUUCAGUUAGA